ACCCUGGACAAAAUCAAGCAGCCACCACGAGAGGAGGAACACCACCACCACGGCGGCGGCGGAAAAAGACCACUACUACUUGGGCACGAAGACCAAGGCGGCGAAUGAAAAAGACGGUCCGAAGAAAACGGUUCCCAAGAAAGACCCACAAAAAAGAUCGUCUUUUGAUGCACAAUUGAUGAAUGAAGAUGUGAAAAUGGUGGGGAGGAGCUCUGUUUCUUCAAUCCCUCCUCCAAUGGCGAACGGAGGAGGAGGGAGGAGGAGGUCAUUUUGCAGCUCGCAGGUUGAGCUGGCUGACUUCUUCUCCGCCACCGGUGUCAGGGUUGUCGCCGUCGAUAUGCCGCCGUUCAUGCAGAUUCACGCCGUCGAUUGUGCCAGGAAGGCGCACGAUAGCCUCGAGAAGUUCACCUCCAAGACUCUUGCUUUCACACUCAAAAAGGAGUUUGAUGGUGUAUAUGGACCAGCUUGGCACUGCAUAGUAGGGACAAGUUUUGGAUCAUUUGUCACACAUUCAGUAGGUGGAUUUAUGUACUUUUCUAUGGAUCACAAGAUUUACAUCCUCCUCUUCAAGACCACUGUACAAAGAGCCCAAGAAUUAAAUUAAAUUUAUAUUUAAAUUUCAUCAACACUAAUUUCAUAAUAGACAGUGUUUUUUGUAAUUGGAAAGAAAGGACAUUUUGCUUGUCUCCCCCUUUGUAGUUUGUACAUCAUUAAUGAAUGGCUAUACCAAGAAAAUGUUUGCUCUUUUGCUGUAUGGUCCUUCCAUUUUGAAGAAAUUGUCAAAAGGCCCUUUAUGGAAGAAGUGUGGGGGGCAAGAGAAGUGUUGUGUAGUUAAAGUUAGAUCACAUGAUGUAAUAAUAAUAUGUCUUUUGCUAUAGAUUCUAUCAAAAUUUGGCCCCUUUUAA